CCGCACCGCGGCAUGUGGGAUCUUCCCGGACCGGGGCACGAACCCGCGUCCCCUGCAUCGGCAGGCGGACUCUCAACCACUGCGCCACCAGGGAAGCCCCUCUCAGAGGUUUUGAAGCCAAAACUGUCACUUCCACUUUGAGACCAUUUGUCUUUCUUACUGGCAUCUUUAGGAGCCAGGAGUCCCACAUCCUCCAUGGGAAGGACAGCUUCUCCAUGGCAGCACCCUUGCUCCUCUCCACCCUUCUCCCUUCGUCCUUGAUGCCCAGACGUGGUCUGGCACCGCCUAGGAGCUCAAAUAGUCCCGGAAGUGCAUGAACGAACCUCUAAUCUAGAGGGCGGCAGCUGACACAUUUCGGGGAAACAGGCCGAGAGAGGGGAAGAGUUCUUUCCUAGGGACUUUGAGCGCAUGCCAGGGUGGCUGGGGUGUGGUGCAUGGAGUAAGACAUUGUGCCUCUAAUCUGGGGGCCGCACUGUCUGUGAACUCCCUUCCAGAGGAGAGGCCAAAGUGGAAGGCCAGCCCUGCCCGGGACAGCUGCGGCUUGUCUGAGGACCCCUCUGGGCAGUAGGAGGAGGCAGCCUGCAGUUUGGCUGAUGCGAUGCAGGGUGGUUCAGAACCUGGGCCUGCCCAUCAGGCAGAGCUGGAUGCAAAUCGUGGCUCUGUCACACACUAGCCAGUUGACUUGGCGAACGGUGGGAUGCUCAGAGCCUUACUGUCCUCAGCUAUAAAGUGGGUGCACUAAGAACUGCCUCCCAGACUGUAGUGGAGAUAAGACAAGUGACUAAGGAUGGAGCACCUCCCAGGAUGCUCAGAGAGACACCAGGGGCAUCACUGGUCCACCCCUCAGCUCAGGGAGGAGGCAGGUGGCUCCUGCAGCUUCCCAUGGUUCCCCUCACAACAUUCAUGCCUGCACCGCCCAGCUCCUCAUCCACAUGGCAGGUCUGUCCUGUCGUCUCUGCCAUCUCAUGGGACCCCACACUGGCUCCUAGGCACAUCGCCAUCGGAAAAGCAUCCAUUUGUACACCAAAUAUCUGCACAAGGCUGUUCCUAGCAGCACCAUUCCUAACACCCCAGACCUGGAAACACCCCAAAGUCCAGCAAGAGUUGAAUGGAAGGACUUCCCUGGUGGCACAGUGGUUAAGACUCUGCGCUCCCAAUGCAGGGGGCAUGGGUUUGACCCCUGGUCGGGGAAGAUCCCCCAGGCUGUGUGGUGCGGCCAAAAAAAAAAAAGAGUCGAGUCGAAUGGAAAAGAAACCAAUAAACAUGGUGUGUUCACACCGUGGAACACUACACAGGGAGAGUAGACGAAUUACAACUAGAGGCCGCAGCAUGGAUCUCACAAACACAAUGCCCGGAAAGGAGCCACGCCCCAAAAGUAUGUACUGUAGCAUUCGGCUUAUAGAAAGUACACGAUCAGACUAACCUAAUGUAUGGUGCUAGCAGAUGGGAUGGUGGUCACCGUGGGGUGAUGAGAUGGGGUGUCAGGAGCUCCUGGGGCUGUGGUUCUUGAUCUGGGGGCUGCUAACACAGGUGUGCUUAGUUUGUGAAACUUCAUCAAGCUAUACACAUUCGAUUUCUGGAUUUUUCUGUAUGAGUGUUAUAUUUUAAUUUUUUUCAAAGGCAAAACUGAACCAAAUGACAAAGUCACCUUUCAAGAUUCCCUCUAGUCACCAAGAGUGGCCCUCCAAGUUUUGGGAGGCCAGGCCCCUCUCCCCCAGCACCUCACCUCUCCCUCCCUCUUGCCCAUUUCAUCCUGUGCUGUUCCCUCUGCCAGGAAAAGCCUACCCCAGCUAACUCCCUCACAUUUUAUAGUUCCUCACCCUGACACUUCCUCCAGAACACUCUCCCUGAGGUGAGAGGAUCCUGUAGUCAGAUAGGCCUGGGUUUCAGGGACUUGGCUUCUCAAGCCUAACUGCUCAUCCAUGAGAUGCCAUCUAACGAGGGAGGGGCCAUGCAGCCAGACGGGACGGUGGCCCUGUCCUAGGGAACUAUUCUGGGAAACUCACAGCCCACUCCUCACAUCUCCUGCCUCUCAGCGGCUAAUAAUGGCAGUGCCUGAGGUAGCUGAGGGCAGGUGACAGUGAAAUGGGGCCAGCUGACCAACACGAGCCCAGGCUGGGCCGGGUGGGAAGCUGAGUACAGUUGAGGGGUCCUGGGGGCCCUCCUGGCUCACUGGUGGGUUCUGAGUCACCAUCAUCCCCCCAGUCCUUUCAGCCCCACCCAUGGUACUGACUCCAGCUGCCUGGCUGGCUCAGAGUCAGCGGAAUUCUCCGCUGUGUUCUCACUUCUCCUCAUAAACGUUUAGGCUAUUUAUCAGGCACUUGUUCUAGCAUCGGCCUGGGCCAGUCUCCAAUACAGAACAGGCCCUGUCUUCAUGCUGCCCAGGUCUUCUCCAGUUGUGGCUGCAACCACUUAUAUCAGAGCCCCAGGGGACAUAAGAAUGUAGACUCCAAGGCUGCAACCCAAGAUCUCCUGGAUCAAUCCAGGGCCCAUUUUCUACAAGCUGAUCUUGGCGCUGCAUGAAUUCAGAGAACCAUUGUUUACUGUGAGAGACCGACAAGGAGCCAAUUACAGUCCAGUGUGGUCAGUGCCGGGGUAGGAGAGGGGAUGCAACUGGGAUGCAACUGUGGGAGCCCAGUGGAGGCCCCUCUCCUGGCCAUGGAAACCUCUAAGUGAGGACACACACCUGAGACAGACUGGAACAGCAUGUGAAAAGGCUCAACGACAGGAGGAGCCGGGCACUUUACCUGGACUGUAAGCACGCAAUCUAGCCGGAGAGACAGUGAGGGUGGGAGAGGGAGAGGUGGGUGGUAAGGUAUGGCUAUUUAUGCAAGGCCUGUAGGACAAUGAGAGGAAUGUUUUGGGAAAACGGAGGUAUAGGUGGAAAACCGGCCUCUUGUUUAAAAUGCUCCCAAGAUGCCUCAUUAAGCAGCAUACAUGGGAUUGAAUCAAUAAAUGUGUUAAUUGAAUGAAAUGAGGGACGGAGUCUUUUAAUUUCAAUUACGCUUCCACUCGACAUCAGUUAAGCUUCCAGAAAGCAUUUAGGGGGCCGACUGUGCGCCCCGACCCGGGAGCUCCUUCCCCCAUCCCACCCGCCACCUUUAAUGGAAAGGUUGUCAGUUUUGUGUGACUUGCUCUGUUGCCAGUCAGUAAAGGGCAAAGGAAAAUAAGUCCCCUCUGGGUCUCUGGCCUCAGUUUACUCAUAACUAAAAGUAGGUGAGUUCAGACUCCAUAGUGCCGAGGUUGCCUCCCCGCUUCGAGCAUGCGCUCUGACGGGCGCUCAAGUUCAGCCGACCCCGGGCUGGCUCCGAGUACCGAGGAAGCCUUCACUCGGCGCACAUCCCCACCAAACCAAAGCUCCCACCAAAGUUCAACACGCCCCCCAAGCUAGCGGGUGAUUGGCCCGCCCUGCCCACACCGCGAGCCGGCCUCACCUUCUGAUUGGCUGUUCUGCUCUCUGUUGUGUGCUGAAACCCUCCUUUUCUCUGAUUGGUUAGCCACCUACCUGCGCUUGUCCCGGAUUGGGCGCCGUCUUGGCCGGCUCGCAGGCUCCUAGGGGCCCUGCUUCCUGAUUCGCCGCUCGGGCCUGCCCCACGGCCUGCACGGUGAAUGGCUGCGCCGCUACCUGUAUCGGCCUCCGAUUGGGUGCGCGGCACCUCCCCCGGCGUGAUAGGCCAGGACCACCGCCCCCCUGGCUCUCCAUUGGCUGCUCGGCGAAGCCCGGUCUCCGGGUAAGAUGGCAGCGGACGGACAGUGCUCGCUCCCCGCUUCAUGGCGGCCGGUGACCCUCACCCACGUCGAAUAUCCUGCAGGUGAUCUCUCUGGCCACCUCCUUGCCUGCCUGAGCCUCAGCCCCAUAUUUGUCAUCGUGGGUUUUGUGACCCUCAUCAUAUUCAAGCGGGAGCUGCACACGAUCUCGUUCCUUGGGGGCUUGGCACUGAACGAGGGGGUCAACUGGCUGAUCAAACACGUCAUCCAGGAGCCACGGCCCUGUGGAGGUCCCCACACGGCAGUGGGCACCAAGUACGGGAUGCCCUCCAGCCAUUCCCAGUUUAUGUGGUUCUUCUCCGUCUAUUCCUUCCUUUUUCUGUAUUUAAGAAUGCACCAAACGAACAACGCCAGGUUCCUGGACUUGCUGUGGAGGCAUGUACUCUCCCUGGGUCUCCUCACCGUGGCGUUUCUAGUCUCCUAUAGCAGGGUCUACCUGCUGUACCACACCUGGAGCCAGGUGCUCUAUGGGGGCAUCGCUGGAGGCCUGAUGGCCAUCGCCUGGUUCGUCUUCACCCAGGAGGUCCUCACCCCCCUGUUCCCUAGGAUAGCAGCCUGGCCUAUCUCUGAGUUCUUCCUAAUCCGAGACACGAGCCUCAUUCCCAACGUACUCUGGUUUGAGUACACGGUAACCCGGGCAGAAGCCAGGAACAGACAGCGCAAGCUGGGGACGAAACUGCAGUGACCGGGGAGUGUGGCUGGCUCCAGCCUCCAGAUCUGGCCUGCACGAUGCCUUGCAGGGUGGACGGAAUGAAGACAGAGGGACGAAGCAGAGACCUCUACAGACCCAAGUCACCGAGUGGAGCCUUUUUUUUUCUUAUUUUAAUUUUAAUGAACAAGGUGGACCAAAGGGCUGAGCCAGCCCCUCAGCCAGGACCCUGGAGGGCCUGUUGCCGGGGGGCCUCACAGCCAGAGACCCUCGCAGUGCUGCUGCCAGCCCCCAGUUGGGCGGAAAGUGCCCCCGGUGUGGGCACUGGCGCGUGGGGUAGAGAAGGAGGGCUUGAACCUCUGGCCACAGGGCCAGGAAAUCUAGGUGGCGUGAAAAAUGCACACUAUUUAUUUUUUGGUUUUGUCAAAGGCAGAUGGGAUUUUGGAGAGAGACUGGAAGAGCCAGCUCUGCGGGGGCUGCCCUGUGUACCGAGGAGCCCAGGUCAGCUUCCCAGGCCCUCUGCCCUGGGCCCGAGAGACGGCCUGGGGGCCCGGGAGGAGGGAGCACCCCCAUGCCCCCCCUGCCGCCAGCGCCAUUCCAGAACCUCGGUCGGUGUUCCCCGUGUGGGGGCCGGGCCCAGGGAGAGCAGGCGUCUGCGCUGCCAUCGCUGUGUCCUACCCGCGUCGACCCUGCGCCGCAAGGGCUUUUCUCUGGUUCCCUGUCCCCAAGACAGCGGUCCCUUUCUGAUGAAAGAGCCUGCGCAUGCGGUUGAGCAAAGCCAAGCUGUUUACGGCUCUUCCCUGUCCUGCUGUCCGCUAGUGGUUCGUCUUCAUCUCCACCCGAACAAAAUGCAGAGGAAACAGGAGCUGGUGAGAGGAGUGGGGCAGCGGUGCCUGCUGUCCCCACCCUUCCCUCCCCUCUGUGUGCUCUGAGCAUUCCUUGUCCUUCCCGACCCCCCUCCGAGAGGCUGGGAACCUGCUUGGGUCACCCCAAGCCUGCGUCCGGGAUGUGGCUCACGGAUCCCCACUGCCCAGCUCGGAGGACGACUCCUCCCAAUCUUGAAGCCGCUUUGCAAUGGAGCUGCGGAGAGGAGAUGCGUCCAGACUCGGAAGCCUCUAGAACUGAACCAGGCUGCUCGGGACCUGUGUUCAGGGCCCGACCCCCCGCCCUCCCCGGGCCGCCUUGUCUUUGUGGAGGUUCCUAACCUGCUGCUGAAGCACAGUAUUUUGGUGCUUUCUUUCCUCAUUUGUUAGAGACAGUGUCCAAAGCCAUUCCAGACGCCAGGACCAGGGGCCUGUUUCUGGGGAAGGUUGGUCAGUCCCCACAUUUUCCUUUCCUUCCCUCCUCAUUUUUAUUUUUUACUUUUUGCCUGAGAUAAGCCAAGAGUGAGGUGGUUUGACUUAAGAAAAAUCAAUGAAAAUUGUUUACUAUUGUUUUAAAAUAAAAUCUUGAACUCUGGCAGCUUGAACACGUUGACUGAGCUGAUGGGAGGAGGCGGGGACGUGGCUGUGCGGACACACGACCGGAGGGGCAGGGGCAUGGUUAAGACCAGAAGAGCGUACGCGUCUCCAAGACACCUAGUCCCCUCCAGCCCCCAAAGCCAGGGUUGGAAUGGCCUCUGUGACAUAUCCCACUGGGGUCUGAGGACAGCUCCCUUCCACUGAGGUUUUUGAGUCCCAGUCUACCUCCCCCUGUGGCGCUGGCUGGCUCUGCUCUCAGUAAGCCUAGCUUCUCCUUCACGUGACAGCCCUUGAAGACAGGGGACAACCAGCAUGUCCUUCCUAAGCCUCUGCCAGGAUAAACACCUCCACUCCUCGUUGAAUUCAGUGCUUCUUUGGUGUGCGGACAGGUGAGUAUCGUGCUUUGGAAGAAAUAACUGCAAACUGACCUGGGUUUUGGAUGCCUUGUAGGAGUGAAAAGAACAAGUCAUUUCAGGGGUCCAAAGUGGGGGUUCUAACCCUUCUUUAAUUCAUUAACCUGAGAUUCAUUACAGCUUCACCCUCAGGCGAAUCAGAAUUAAUCCCAUCCUCACAUGAGCUCGAAGGCUGGGUUUGGGUUCCCCACCACGGUCCACACAACCUGGACAUUUCGUUAAGGUGACCUCAUCCCAGACGUGUGGCAGAGGCAAACGACUCUCUGGAAGAAGGAACCUUCACGCUAGACUUCAGUUAUUUAUACAGUUUUAAGAAAUUACCAUGAAUAAAAUAUAGACAAAGAUGACCAGGUAGAAAAGGAAUCACCACCGUCCUUGAGAACCCGCUGGAAACAAGUAUUAGAAACAAACCCACACAUACUUCAGGUGCUGGAAUGAUCGGGCACAGAUUUUAAGUUGUUUUACUUUUUUAAAGAAGCAAGGGACAAACUUGAAAAUAUCUGCUGGACUUCGCUGGUCGCGCACUGGUUAAGAAUCCACCUGCCAACGCAGGGGACACGGGUUUGAUCCCUGGUCCGGGAAGAUCUCACGUGUCGUGGAGCAACUAAGCCCGUGUGCUACAACCACUGAGCCUGCGCUCUAGAGUCUGCGAGCCACAACUGCUGAGCCCACGCACCACAGCUACUGAAGCCCAUGAACUCUAGGGCCCGCACGCCGCAACUACUGAAGCCCACACGCCUAGAGCCCGUGCUCCACAACGAGAAGCCACUUCAAUGAGAAGCCCACGCACCACAACGAAGUAUAGCCCCCGCUUACCACAAAUAGAGAAAGCCCGCGCGCAGCAACGAAGACCCAAGG